AUGAACGCAAAGCAGUUAGUCCAAACAAUACUCAUUUUUAAGAUUUUUCGGGUUUACUCCUUGUCAGAGGUGCCAUCGAAGAAGUUCGGAUUGUCUGGCCAUGUAGAUUGGCGAGUUAGCAACAAGCGGGAAAAGGUCAAGGAGAUGAUGCAGUUUGCCUGGCGAGGAUAUGCCGAAAAUGCCUGGGGCUUUAAUGAGCUCAACUCGGAGCUGGGCGUGCCGCACAAUGAGAGUGUUUUUGGUAAUCACCACAUAGGCCUCACCAUAAUUGACAGCCUGGAUACCCUCUAUAUGAUGGGCCUGCAGGAGGAGUACGAGCGAGGACGCAAGUGGGUGGCCGAAAACUUUACUCUCGAUUACAUAGAUGCCCAUCUUUCCGUUUAUGAGCUCACUAUUCGCAUCGUCGGUGGCCUGCUUUCUAUGUACGCCCUCACAGGAGACGAUCUGUAUAUGAUGCAGUCUGAAUAUGCGUUAAGGAAACUUCUGCCAGCCUUUAAUUCAACAGUGCACAUACCGUGGGCCAGGAUAAAUCCUUCAUCUGGUUCAGCUGCACCACAUUCCUGGACCCCCGAAUCGCUGCUGGGCGAGAUUGGAAACCUCAAUAUGGAGUUCUUCUACACCAGUGAGAUCACCGGACACCGGAAAUACCGACCUUUAGUUCAUCACGUGAGGGACAAGCUGGACAUGUUGAGUAAGCCAAGGGACAUGUAUGCCGAUUAUGUUCAUCCCAGGACGGCCAUCUGGGGACCCUUGAAAAUGUCCUUGGAGCCUGCGGGCGGCGGAGGUCUGUACGAGUGCAUGCUUAAGUCGUGGUUGCGAUCGAAUAAGCUGGACAAUCAGGCGCAUGAUCUGUAUGUCAAGGCCAUCCAACAGGUGAUCAAUAGUAUGGUGGGACUGAGCUUCGGCGGGAUGACUUAUAUAGGUGAACUGUCGAAUUUCCAUCUGAUCCGAAGGAUGAAGCACUCCACCUGCUUUGCCGGCGGUCUCUUCGCCCUAGGAUCCUCUGCUUUUCAUAAUAAUUCCCGAUUGGAAGCCAAACACCUGCAGUUGGGCAAGGACUUGGCCUUAACCUGCCGUGAGAGCUAUAGACGUUCUGCCACUGGCCUGGGACCAGAGUCCUUUCAAUUCGACUCUGUGUCCCGGGAAGAUGCCACCUCGAGGGAGAGCGAUUCGAAGGCCUAUCGGUUGAAACCGGAAGUGGUGGAAAGCUAUUUCAUAUUGUGGCGCCUCACCCACGAUCAGAAGUAUCGCGAUUGGGGCUGGGAGGUGGUGGAGUCACUGGAGAAGUAUUGCCGCACCAAGUUCGGUUUUUCUGGCCUGCAGAAUGUCUACGAUCCGAAUGGCGCCAGGGACGGAGUGCAGGGGAGCCACUUCUUGGGCGAGACCCUCAAGUUCCUGUACCUCCUGUUCUCCAAGGACUCGCUGUUGCCCCUGGACAAGUGGGUCUUCAACACCGCAGCCCAUCCGUUCCCAGUUCGCUAUGUAAACAAAUUGUUCCGCGGCAAUCAGCUAAAGCCCUAUGUGCACUUUUCUAUUUAA